AUGCCCGCGUACGAGAUCGAAGAUCUCAAUUCUGCAGUGAAGCGCGUCCUCGCCGGCGACAGCGCCCGCAGUGUCAGCGACAGCACCCCAAUUCCGUAUCGGACCCUUACCAUAUGGGUCGCGAAGGGGAAAAUGGGCAUCUUCCGCGCACCUGUUCGUCAUGGCCCGGAUCCGCUGCUCUCGCAACCAGCGGAGGCAUGCUUGGUCGAGUGGAUUGUCGGGCGCCAACUGGUCGGUCACCCCGCAAGUCGCAAGGAGAUCAUCUUCAAAGCCGGCACCAUGAGCUCCAUGGCCACUGGUCAAACGGCCCGCAACGCUGUGACCAAGAGCGAUCUCGAGCAGGUUUUUAGCUCGUUGAUCAAGGCUGUGGUCGAGAAUCGGUUGGACGCGUCUCGCGUGUUCAACAUGGACGAAACAGCGUUCCAGACCAACAAUGGCUCCAAGCGUGUCGUGGCGGUUCGAGGCUCCAAGAACGUUUGGCACCAAGACGUUGCGCUCAAUUUUCACCUCACGCUGGUCGCGUGUGGCAGCGCGUCGGGGUGCAUGGUGCCGCAUUUCGUGCUGCCGGGGUUGACAGUCAAGCUCGAAGGUCUCGAUGGCUGCGCCAUACCCGGAGCUGCCGUCACCACCUCGAGCUCCGGGUUCAUGAAUGGAUUUCUCUUUCUUGAGUGGCAGCGCUUUUUUUCGGCUAGCGUGCCCAAGGACGUGCAGCGACCUCUUCUCCUGAUUCUGGAUGGGUGUUCGUCUCAUUACUCUGUGGAGAUCAUCCUAGAGGCAGCUCGGGUUGGCGUGCUUCUGUUAUUGCUGCCUUCGAACGCGACCCACCUGCUUCAACCACUGGAUGUCGCUGUGUUUUCGUCGUUCAAGGCGAAGCUACGCCGCCUAACCGAGAUCUACGUUGGCGAGACUGGACGCAAUUCGGUCGACAAAGAGGAAGCCAUCCGGAUGGCAAGCGCAGCAUGGGUAGGAUGCAAGAUGGGUGAAACCGUCCAAGCGGGGUUUGCUGGGUGCGUCCUUUUCCCUCCGUCCAAGCCUCGUAUGGACAUGUGCAUCGACAAUUUCCGGCGCAACGGGACCCCCGCAUCUACGAAGCUGGCAGUGUGGCUCCGGAUUAAGGAGGUCGUGCAGAAGGAGAUGCUCGUGCUACCGCCGUCCAAGAAGCGGGUGCACAAGACAGCAACGGUCGCCGGUCGUCUUUUGACCAAGGAAACACAUGGAGCGAUGGCACAACCGGUGAGCAAGCUCAAAAAGGCAGCCAGGACGAAGAAGGAUCCGAUGGCAACGAAGGCGACGAAGACGAAGAGGGUGCUGUCUCCGGUGCCGGAGCCUGUGCAGCUGCAGUUCCAGUCUGCGUCGAAGCACGGUGAGGCAAACCAGCAGGAGCAAGUUGUGUGGGAGGCGAUAGUUUAG